AUGAACAUGUCCGAGUUAAAGAGAGGGCUCUGUCGCCGUUGCAAAAAAGGGACCAAAACACUUUUGGCUGCCGUUCGCGAAGGGCACAAGGAGUGCGUGCAGAUAAUCCUGGCAGAUCGUGAGAGGUUCCCAGUAUCUGACGCCACGAAGGCCCUCGGAUAUGCCGUGCGAUACAAUCGGAUUGAAAUUGCUAGGCUCGCGCUCGAAGAAGGGGCAAAUCCAAGCCCCAAAUUGGACGUUGAAACAUGGGAGACCUCACCCCUUCACUACGCGACGGACAAGGGCAACCUAGAGAUGGUGAAGCUCCUACUCGAAUUCAAAGCUGAUGUUGACCAGUUAGACCUGUGCACCCGCAUGACACCCCUAUCUAUUGCUACAGAAUUGGGCCACACUGAAAUCGUCCGCUGCUUGCUGGAAUCUGAAGCUGAUGUCAACCUGGAGAGGUAUGCUUAUGACGAGGCACCCCUUCACGUUGCUACACGGCUUGGGCACCUGGAAAUCACCCGACUCCUUCUCUCACGAGGGGCUGACGUGGACAUACAUUGUCCUCUGUACUUCGCGUGCAAAGGUAACCAUGUUGAGGUGGUUCGAGUCCUCCUGGCCAAUACCCCUAAGCCGGAUCUGUAUCUAGGAGAACAAGAGCAGCCGUUGUCAAUAGCAAUCUAUCACGGCUACACCGAGAUCGUUGACCUGCUGUUGAAGGCCGGUGUGGACAUCAACCGCGAGUGCCAGGACUCUUGUACUCCGCUGGAAUGGGCCGUAAAGCACAACUGUGAAGGCGCCGUACCAUUGAUCCUGGAGUACCAGCCGAAGCUAGACCGGAAAUGUAGCUCGGGGAUAGGUGUCCUGCACUUCAUCAACCAGAAAACCAAAGUGGCCACUGUCAAGCAUCUAAUCCGUUGUGGCGCCAAUCCUAAAGACGCUAACAAAAAAGGGGAGUGCGCGAUCUGGGUCGCCGUGCGGGCUAACAAUGAGCUCGUCACCAAAUAUCUGGCGUCAGUUUUGAUCGGACAACUGAAUAAAGUCGUGGGGGAAGGCACAGUUUUCCAUAUUGCAUGUCGUUACGGGAGCCUGAACAUGGUGCGUAUCCUGGCCGAGGCUGGGGCGGAUGUCAAUUUUGCGGCACCGGGGGGUGGCGAGACCCCGUUGCAGGCGGCCUGCGGCCGUGAAGUCGAUGGCUCCAAGUUGAACGACACCCUGGAGGUUAUCCGGUACUUGAUUCAUAAUGGGGCCCGUGUCAAUGAUGGGGGCGGGAACUUGCGAUCGCCCUUGCAUAAGGCGUGUUUGAGUAGCGCGCCGGAGGUCAUAAAACUUCUCUUGGCUGAAGGAGCUGAUGCCGACUGCAAGGACUCGGUUGAGAGGACUCCUGCUCAUCUCGUAUGUUAUCGGGGGCUAGAGCACUACCACGCAUUAAGCCCCAGUGAGAAUGCCCUCGUGGCCCGAGACUCGAUGGGUCGCACGGCAUUGCACUAUGCCGUGAUUAGUGGGGUCGUGGAGCUGGUGGAGGAGGUCCUGGAGGGCCACAAACAGCAUCCUGAUUACCAGGACACAUAUCUGGGGUUGGUCGAUAAAGAUGGAUGGACGCCGUUGCAUUGGGCGGCAAGAUGUGUCUCUCCCUUGACGGAUCAUUGGAUAGAUAUGGUUCCUAUGAUUGAGUACCUGGUAGAACUAGGUUACGAUCUCGCCGCUAAAGGUAAAGCAAGGGAUACGGAGUGGAUGCCAGUGGAAGUCGCGAUAUAUCACGACGCUGACCAGGACGUCAAAGAACGCCUGGUGCCGGAUGAUCUCGAAGUGAAUCAGCUGCUACCUGGCACUAAAUUCAAGGGCAGUUUCUUCUGUGGCGGUUGCUUUCUGCCCGUCGUUGGUAUCAUUAUGGAGUGCCAGGUAUGUGAUAAUUUCUGGCUCUGUUUCAAGUGUCAAGCCUAUAGGGAGUUCUUGCAUCCUGCGGGUCAUAAAUUGGAGCAGUUCAGUGAUGAGUAUGACUGGGGUGCGAAAGAGUGGGUGCCAGUGGAACGAUACAGUCCUUGUGGCAGCCCUAUUCUCAGUUUGGAACUACCGGCGGAUGCUCCCCUGGCUUAG